CUAUGCAGUAGAAAUUUAUCUGUAAAAUUUUGCAAUAAACUUUGGGCCUGCAUCUGUGAAAAUUUACAUUGAUAGCAUGGCCGAUGUGAUUUUCUCCAACCAUAUGCAUAGCAGCAAACGGCUCCACAAAUUCGCUCCACCCCGCGACCAUAAGACGUUUCCCUGAGUCUCUUGUAAACUGCAUAUUGCAAGCAGGAAAAAACAACAGAAGGAGCUGAAGCGCAUGUUAGCAAGACUAGGCGAGAAACAUCUAAAUUGCACACCUGCUCAUAAUUAAACAAUCUAAAAAGAGAAAAUUGAAAACAAGGAACGGCAGAAGUGGUUUUUUUUUCGCGGGCAAUAAUUGAAGUGAUGGUUGGAUUUUUUUAUGGUCUGAACUCUGAUGAUGUAACUACUGACAGUGAGAAAAUGAUUAUCUUCACUUCCACCUUCUCUGUAAACCCUAUCCCUAUCUUCUUCAUUAUUAUUAUUCCAAAUCUUUCCGAAAUCGGAAACGUUUUAACGCACACAUACAUUAAAUGCUCACUUCAAAGCUCUCUCUUUCUCUGUCAUCACGGAUGCUCCGUUAAAACAUUUCCUUGUUGGCGUUUUUUUUAUGUUGAUGUUCUUCUUCCUUUGGUCCAGAAACGAAGGAAAAAUCAGAGAUCUAAUACAGAGUGGUUGAUGUGAGGAUUCAAUGCGUCGUAUAAUAUUUGAAGCAUCAGCUGCAUUAGUUGCAGUAAAAUUGGGUCUGAAUGAGGGGAAUUUGUUUGCCAGAGAUAGAUCCGAGGUUAAGCAGAACAUUCUAUCGAGGGAUGGAAUUGUUCCAAGUAGAAAAGAGCAGGAAGAAAAGAUGUCUGGAAGCAAUUCCAAAAGUCCUUUCGAUGUUCUGGUGAUUGGAGGUGGUGCUACUGGAUCGGGUAUUGCACUUGAUGCUGCUAGCCGAGGAUUACAUGUUGCGCUUGUGGAGAGAGAAGAUUUCUCCUCCGGUACAUCUUCAAGGUCGACUAAGCUUCUUCAUGGAGGAGUUCGCUAUCUGGAGAAAGCAUUUUUCAAUCUAGAUUAUGGCCAGCUGAAAUUAGUUUUCCAUGCACUUGAAGAGCGCAAUCGUGUCAUUCAAAAUGCUCCACACAUUUGUCGUGCCCUUCCUACCAUGACCCCAUGUUAUAGCUGGUUUGAAGUAGUAUACUAUUGGGCCGGAUUGAAGGUGUAUGAUCUUGUUGCUGGUUCUGGAACCUUGCGACUGUCACGAUAUUACCCUGCACAAAAGGCUGUCACUGUAUUUCCAACUCUUGCAAAAGAAUGUAAUGGUCGAAAAUUGAGAGGUGCAGUUGUUUAUUGUGAUGGGCAGAUGGAUGACUCACGUCUCAAUAUUGGACUAGCUUGCACUGCUGCCUUGGCUGGUGCGGCAGUGCUUAACCAUGUGGAAGUAGUUUCUCUCCUUAAGGAUGAAGUCUCUGGUCGUGUAAUCGGUACCCGAGUUCGAGACAACCUGACAGGAAAGGAGUUUGAUGUGUAUGCCAAGGUUAUCAUAAAUGCUGCUGGACCUUUUUGUGAUUUUCUAAGGAAGAUGGCUGACAGCGGUGCAGCAAACAUUAUAAGUCCAAGUAGUGGUGCCCAUGUGGUGCUUCCAGAUUAUUUCACUCCAGAGGACAUGGGAUUACUAAUUCCUAAAACCAAAGAUGGUCGUCUAGUGUUUAUGCUACCUUGGAGAGGUAAAACUCUGGCUGGAACUACAGACUCUAGUACUACUAUAACUGAUCUCCCCCAACCACAAUCAGAGGAAAUAGAUUUUAUCCUCCACGCCAUUGAGGAUUACUUAAGCAUCAAGGUUAGGAAUUCAGAUAUUCUCUCCACAUGGAGUGGUAUACGUCCGCUGGCUGUUGAUCCUUCGGCUAAGGAUACAGCAAGCAUUUCCAGGGAUCAUCUUGUACACGUUGAUUGUCCUGGCUUGAUAACUAUUUCUGGUGGAAAAUGGACUACUUAUCGAAGUAUGGCGGAAGAUGCAGUUGAUGCUGCCAUCAAGCAUGGGGACCUGAAUCCUUUAAGGCCAUGUGCCACAGCUGACCUAGCCAUUGUAGGUGCAGAAGGGUGGAAACCUUCAGCUUUUGUGGAGUUGGCUCAAUCUUUUGUACGCAGGAAGCAGACAAGGGAGGGGAAAGUGGUGCCAGGAGCAUUAGACACAUCAAUUGCCAAGCACCUCUCUUGUGCAUAUGGAAGCAUGGCCACGCAAGUGGCCUCUAUUGCACAGGAGGAAGAUCUUGGGAAAAGGCUUGUCCAUGGUUACCCUUAUCUAGAGGCUGAAGUCGCCUACUGUGCCAGGAAUGAGUACUGCGAGACUGCCAUUGAUUUCAUUGCCAGAAGAACGAGGCUGGCCUUUCUGGAUGUUAAUGCUGCCACACAUGCUCUGCCACGAGUCAUUGAGAUACUUGCUAUUGAGCAUGGAUGGGACACAGAAAGGCAGAAGGUAGAACAUCAGACUGCUGAAGUCUUUCUUCGCACUUUCAGACCUGGAGUGACAGAUUUAGUGUCACAAAAGCAGACUAAAUAGUCCAUAAUCAACUCGCCAGCAGAAUUAGGAGGACGAUUCAGUGAUUGUUGCUGUAUUUUAACUACAUGCACGAUUACUUUUAAGAUUCAUACACCCUAAAUGGGUGCUUGGGAAAAUGAAAUUAACAUAACUAAAGUGAAAUUGAGAAGAAAAUGGAAUAAAUGUUUAGCAAGGAAAAGUUCAGUAA